AUGCCCAAGCUUACGGGCCUGCUGUCAGACGCGGGCGCAGCUGCGGUGGCCCUUAAGUUUAUCGCGGACACCCCAACCAUUACGAUGAGCCGGCUCAAAGCUAUCCUAACGGGCGGCCUGCCCACCUUCCUGGACAUUGGUCAAAGCUUCUCGGCAGCUGCUCUCGGCGAGGAUAACCUCCUGGCGCAGAUGCGGGCCCGAGGGAUGCGCGUGGUGGUCAUUGGCGACGACACGUGGGCCCAGCUUGCUCCGCCCGACCACUACACUGCCUGUCACCCCUAUCCUGCCUUCGAUGUGCGCGACCUACACACCGUAGAUGAUGGCGUGUGGCAUCACCUGCUCCCAUAUCUGCGCCACGCCACAGCCUGCUCGGGUAACUGCACCGCCGUUACUGGUGGUGGUGCCGCUGCUGCUGCUACCGCCGCCGUGGAAACUGCUUCUGCUGCCGCCGUGGAUUGGGACGUGCUGGUGGCGCAUUACCUAGGCGUGGACCAUGCGGGGCACACGUACGGCGGGGCCAGCAAGGAGAUGUACGACAAGUUACGGCAGAUGGACGAGCAGGUCGCAACAGUUGCUGGUGAUCACGGUGGCGGCUCGGAUGCUGAGCGGGAAAGCGUGCUGUUGGCGUUCAAUAUGGGCCGCUGGAAGAGGGCAAGGCAGGUUGCUGCGGCCGCAGCCUCCGGAACCGGGGACGGCAGGGGAAAAGGCGGGACCCCUGCCGCUGACAUCACAGCAGCGGCGGCGGCGGCUGCGGCGGCCAAUUCGGCGGCGCCUGAGGCCAUAUCGCAGAUAGAUUUGACACCCACGCUGGCGCUGCUGCUCGGCCUCCCCGUACCGUACGGCAACCUGGGCCGGGUGAACCGACGGCUGUGGGAUAUGGCCCACGGGGAGGGGCGCGGUCGAGCAGAUGGUGGCGGCGGCGGUGCUGCCGCCGCCGCCGCCGCUGCCGACACCUGUUGCCGGGGCGUCAUCACUCCGGACGCCACUGCAGCCACUGCGGCCGUCUCCACGGCGGGGCACUCGCCGCCGUCACCUGCGCCCAGUGGGCAAGGUGGCGCCAGGAGGAGCUACCUAGCAGCGCUGCGGGCCAACGCCGUACAGGUGGGCCGCUACUUGGCGUCGUACGCCGCUAAGGCCGGGCUGCCCUCGGGUGGGCUGGGGCACUGCACUCGGCUGCUCCGUGAAGCGCAUGCGGCGUUCCGUCGGCUGCACCGUUGCGGCGGCAGUAGUAGCGGUGGCGGCCGCUGUUGCAGCUGCAGCGGCAGUGGCAAUAGCAGCUCGGAGGGUGACGUCAUCGUCGGGAACAGCGGUCGCGGGAGAGACACCGCCGUCGGCGCUAAUGCAGGCGACGACAGCGGCGAUAACAUCGGCAGCGGCGGCGGCGGGGAGGAUCCUGUGGCGGAUGAGGACACCGUGGCGUCUCUGUACGAGGCGUUUCUAGAAGCAGCAGCGUCGCUGGCGCGGCUCAAGUUCACUCGCUUCCGCCUGGGCUCCAUGGCAUUGGGUUGCGGACUGGCCCUGGGCUGCGUGUGUCUCCACGUUUGGCUGCUGGCCAGGCUGUGUGGGUGCGAGAUGGAGUUGUUGCUGGACCCGCUGGGUGGCGGCGCCGCGGCGGCGGCGUUCGUCCAUGCGCUGGGGCUGUUCAGCGCCAAUUGGAUUCAAGGCGAGGGCCGGAUCCAAUGCUACAGCCUGGCGGCGGCAGCGCUAGCGCUGUGGGUCCUUGCAGCAUUCCGAAAAGACGACGACGAUGACAAAGGUGGUGAGGGCGGAGGGCCGGCGGUGGCGGCGGUGGCGGCCGCGUCUUUGUCGCAAUGCCACCGUGCUGUACGGCAGGAAUCUGGAGGAUGCGGCUGCCGGGAUCAUCGUGAUUCGUCGCGGCAUCCUAAUCAUCAAGGGACUCUGCGGCCCCAGCCUAGGCCUCCUCGACAGCAGAGGCGGCAGCAGCAGUUAUUCGUUCGGCCCUCCUGGAGCUACGUGGAGCUACGGCGUCGGGCUCGACUGGGCGGCUUGGUAGCUGUAGCACUAGCAUGCAAUCUGGGGCUGCAGCGCUACAGCCUCAUCGACCGAUGGGGUAGCGAUCCGCAUGACAAGCGACAGCUGGCGGCGGCGGGCGUGGCUGUAGCGGCGGCGGCGACAACGACAAUCCCGCAGGCCGCUGCUGGCGGCGCGGGAGCUGUGGUGAACCCGUUGGCCGCGGUGCCUCCGCGGGCGCUACUGCUAGCGGCGCUCGAGACGCUGGUGCCGUUAGGGCUACUGCCUGCGCUGCUUGCGGUGCUGCGGCCGCAGAAGCCGAUGCCAGUCCUAGCUGCUGACGCUUUGGUACGGCAUCAGCGGCGGCGCCGGCAGCAGCAAUUUCAAGGCGGCUGGCGAGGGCUGCAGUGGAAGCUGCUGGGAGUGGCGCCGUUCCAGCUGGCGGCGGCGCUGUGGGUCGUACAGCUGACGGGCGCAGGCGACCUGUCCUUGCGUGCCAUGGCGGCGGGGCCGUUGGUAGCGGCGCUUCUUGCGCCCGCACGCGGACUCCUCCGAAUAACAAUUUCACCGCUGCUGACGGUGCUGUACGGCAUGGGUGGGUCGGCGCUGUUUGGGACGUUGCGGACCGUGGCACGAUGGCCUGCAGCAGCCCUGCUAUGGGAGGGAGCUGUAGCGGUCUGUGAGCUGCCGUUGCGGCUUCUGCUGCCCCGUCUCGUGUAUGGUCUGGCAUGCCUGGGAGCCCUGCAGAUGCCACUGCUGGCGGCGGCGUGGCUAGGGGCGGCGGAAUCGCGCUGGCGGCGACCGGGGCAGUGGCGGCGGGGGACGGUCGGAUGCGGGUGCGCUGUGGUGCCCUCAGCCGUGGCGGCCGCAGCCGUCGCGGAUGGAGGGAUCGACGUGUUGUACAGGGGUUCGUACAGUCGCGACGGCGGAGACAAGACGAUGGCGUGCUCGCGGAAGGGAAGUACGGCCGGCCCCAGCAGUACGGCGGUCGUGCUCGACGCCGUGUGUACGGCAAUCAGCGGCUUCACGGCUGUUGUGUCGCUGCUGUUGGGUCAACGGGGUCCCGUCAUUAUGUUGUUGCUCUGGGCACAUGCGCUGAGCCUCUUUGGCCUGCUGCUGGUAGCAGGACGGCCCCGCCGAUGCCGAGUACGGCAAGACACCGGUACGGCAGCGCCGGCGGCGGCGGCAGCAACGCCAGCAGGGCCAGCAGCGGCAGGUUUGGAGGCUGCGGCUGGCGCUUUACUGGCAGCGCUGGGCACGCAUGCCUUCUUCCUCACCGGGCACUUUUGCGAAUUCUCCGGUCUGCAAUACGACUCACCCUUUGUGGGAUUCGAUCACAUGACCUGGUUCGCGACGCCGCUGUUAUUCUGGCUGAAUUCGUUUGGCGGCCUCAUGUUGCCCGCCCUUUCGCUCCCGCUCGUGGCAGUGGCGGUCGCCGCCGCGGAGGCGCCAUCAUCUGCCGCCAGACGUUCGCCGCCACACCCAGGCCAUGCCCGGGAUCACUCGCUGCAUAGCCCCCGUCACCACCACCAGGAUUACAGCCAAGGUCACGUAAACACCUGCGACGGAGGUAAUGCCGAUGCCGACCAAUCGCAAUACACAGCCUCGCGGCCACUGAUUGCAUCAGGCAGUGCGCAGGCGCUGCACCAACCAGAUUCCUCAUUGCCACCACGAACCCGGACCCUGCGCCCGACUCCGGACACCUCACCGUCGCGUCCGCUUCAGCCGCCGCAGGUACAGCCGCAACAAUCGCAGCAGCACCGACUGCUCCAGCAGCAGCAGCAACAGCAACAGGCGCCACGCGACUGCGGCGGUGAAGUCCAGGCAGGGGCAAAAGAUUCCGACCCGGACUGCUCCAUCCUCCGUCGAGCUGCGUGCGGCAACGCUGACCCGCCCCACUGUCCGGGGCCUGGUGGUGGUGGCUAUCACGGCCUUGGCGGCGGUGGCGGCGGCAAAGCCGGUCAUGGCGAAGCGCUGGCCGGGCGUCGGGAUGGUGGCGGCGGUGGUGUGGUGGUGUUGGUGGCGCUCUCCUUUUGGCGCUCGCUUGCUCUGUGUACGGCAGUUAUGAACGCGGCCCUUCAGCGGCACCAUGUGGUGGUGUGGGCGCUUUUCGCACCCAAGCUCGUGUUUGAAGUGGGCUUCACGGCAGCUACGUACGUGACUCUGUUGGCGGCGGCAGCGCCCCUAGCAGCUGUGAUGGUGGAGGCGGAGGCGGCGCCGGACAAGGAUGAGGGUUCCUGA